UACACCAAUUGCUUCCGGUCUUAGAUUCGGAGCCCCGGCUAUCUCUAGGCCGGAGGGGAGGUGACGUUGCUGCUAGGAAGAUGGCAGCGGUGGUGACAGUUCCAUCCUCAGCUUCGGCCUCCGCCACGGCCACCGCAGCAGCUCUUGGGGAGGUGGAGGAUGAAGGGCUCCUGGCAUCGCUGUUCCGGGACCGCUUCCCGGAGGCCGAGUGGCGGGAGCGGCCCGAUGUGGGCCGCUACCUCCGAGAGUUGAGCGGCUCCGGGCUGGAGCGGCUGCGGCGCGAGCCCGAGCGCCUGGCGGAGGAGCGGGCCCAGCUGCUGCAGCAGACGCGCGACUUGGCCUUCGCCAACUACAAGACCUUCAUCCGCGGCGCCGAGUGCACCGAGCGCAUCCACCGCCUGUUUGGCGACGUGGAGGCAUCGCUCGGCCGCUUGCUCGACCGCUUGCCCAGCUUCCAGCAGAGUUGCAGAAACUUCGUGAAAGAGGCUGAGGAGAUCAGCUCCAACCGCCGGAUGAACACCCUGACUCUAAACCGGCACACAGAAAUCCUGGAAAUCCUAGAGAUCCCUCAGCUGAUGGACACCUGUGUCCGGAACAGCUAUUAUGAAGAGGCCCUGGAGCUUGCAGCCUACGUGCGCCGACUGGAAAGGAAAUAUUCCUCCAUCCCUGUCAUCCAGGGCAUUGUGAAUGAAGUGCGCCAGUCCAUGCAGCUGAUGCUGAGCCAGCUGAUCCAGCAACUGAGGACCAACAUCCAGCUCCCCGCCUGCCUCCGUGUCAUUGGCUUCCUGCGGCGCAUGGACGUCUUCACCGAGGCCGAGUUGAGGGUGAAGUUUCUUCAGGCCCGAGAUGCUUGGCUCCGUUCCAUCCUGACUGCCAUCCCGAAUGAUGACCCCUAUUUUCACAUCACAAAAACCAUCGAGGCCUGCCGUGUCCAUCUGUUUGAUAUCAUCACCCAGUACCGUGCCAUCUUCUCAGAUGAGGACCCAUUACUGUCCCCUGCCGUGGGUGAGCACACCAUUAAUGAGAGUGCCAUCUUCCAUGGCUGGGUGCUGCAGAAAGUCUCACAAUUCCUGCAGGUGCUGGAAACCGACCUUUACCGGGGGAUAGGUGGCCGCCUGGACUCUCUGCUGGGCCAGUGCAUGUACUUUGGGCUAUCUUUCAGCCGAGUGGGAGCUGAUUUUCGGGGCCAGUUGGCUCCUGUUUUCCAGCGGGUGGCCGUCAGCACCUUCCAGAAAGCCAUUCAGGAGGCAGUGGAGAAGUUCCAAGAUGAAAUGAACUCCUACACCCUCAUCUCGGCUCCAGCCAUCCUGGGUAGCAGUAACCUGCCUGCUGCUGUGCCAGUCACUCAGCCAGGGACCCUGCAGCCGCCCAUGGUGCUUUUAGACUUCCCACCCCUUGCCUGCUUCCUCAACAAUAUUCUGGUCGCCUUCAAUGAUCUGCGCCUCUGCUGCCCCAUAGCCCUGGCGCAGGAUGUGACUGGGGCCCUGGAGGAUGCCCUUGCCAAGGUGGGCACAGACUGUUGGCUCUCUACUGGGACCUUUGGUUACAGGAGGCCAGAUUUUGGUCAUAAACCAGUCAACAUGAGACUGGUGCCUGCUGACUUAGAGAGGUUUAAUGUGGUUUUCGAGGUUAUUAAUAGCUGAGCAGCUCUGGUUAGUCCCCCUGCAUGGGACCUAAAACAAUCCAUGAAGUGGCUCUUCUAUAGUAAUGAUACAGUAAUGUAUUAGUUUUCUACUGCUGCAUAACAAACUCCCACAAGCAUAGCAGCUUAAAACUACAGACCUUUAUCAUCUUCCAGUGUCUGUGCAUCAGGAGUUCAGGUACAGCAUAACUGGGUCCUCAGCUCAGGACCUCACAAGGUUGCAGCCAAGGUGUUGGCCAGGCUGUGGUCUCAUCUGGGGCCUGGGGUCUCCUUUCAAGCUCUCUCACAUUGGCAGAUUUCUGUUCCUAGCAGUUGUAGGACUGAGGCCCUCAGCUAGAGGCUGCCCCACUCUGUAGGCAGUUCAUACUGUGGCUUUUUGAUUCUUUAAGGCCAACGGAAAAGCACCUCUCCUGCAUGAAUCUCUUAGGAAAUUCCUCGACCCUCUUUUAGAAAGGCUCAUCUUAUUAAGUCAGGAGUGGAUACCAGGGGACGGGAAUCACAAGAGCCAUCUUAGAAUUCUGCCUAACACAAGUAAUACUACUGCUAAUAUCCUAGUAUGGUGCACCUUUUUUACACAUUUAAACCUUUAGAUAUUGGGAUGAUUCUUACAGUUGAUGACAUCUUAUAAUCACUGUCAGCCAGGUGGCAGCUGUGAUGUGACUGUAUAAAAUCUUUCUGUUGAUACCCUCCUGUAAGAGCAAGAAAACAUGAGCAUUGAAGAUUUUUAGAGUCAAUGAAAUUCAAGUAAUAGUAAUCAGCUAAUAUUUAUAUGGAACUUACCCCAUGCCAGGUAGAGUUCAUCAUACUAUACACAUACUAAUAAUCCUCACAACCCUAUGAGGUAAGUCCUGUUGCUGACCCUGUUAAAACCAAAAAAAGAGAACUGCUUAGCUAACAAAACUAUACUUACUGUUAUUUUAGAAAUAAUUGUGCUAGGAACAUACAAAGAAAAAUGAUCUGUUGUGCUGCUUUGAAA